AUGUGGGGGCAGAAGGUGGUCGAGGUUACUCCCGGAAAUCGUGCUAGCUACGUGAACAAGCUGAAGAACCACAAGGGCCAAUACAAAGAGUUUGCAUGGGUGAAGGGUGAGCUGAUUGGAGUCGGGACAUUUGGAAAAGUGUAUCUUGCAUUGAAUGUCACGACCGGAGAGAUGAUAGCCGUCAAACAGACAGUCAUUUCCAGCAAGUUCAGGUCCAGCAGAGAAACCAAAGAGAUUAUGGACACGUUCCGUGCGGAGGUGGAUUCUCUCAAGGACUUGGACCAUGUGAAUAUCGUGCAAUAUUUGGGUUUCGAAAAAAAGGAUAACGUCUACAGUUUGUUCUUGGAAUAUGUUUCUGGAGGCUCUGUUGGUCAUCUGAUCAGACGCUACGGCCGUUUUUCGGAAGACCUCAUCAAGUUUUUGACUGAGCAGGUUCUGCAGGGGUUGCAAUAUAUCCAUUCGAAAGGGAUUCUGCAUCGUGAUCUGAAGGCAGAUAACUUGUUAUUGGAAAUGGACGGUAUUUGCAAAAUCAGUGACUUUGGUAUCAGCAAGAAGGCCAAAGAUAUUUAUACCAACGAGUCAGCAAUGUCUUUCCAAGGAACCAUUUUCUGGAUGGCCCCAGAGAUUAUAGACAACACACAGCACAAAGGCUACAGUGCCAAGGUGGAUAUCUGGUCCCUGGGAUGUGUGGUGCUGGAAAUGUAUGCGGGGCAGCGGCCCUGGUCCGAUUUCGCUAUUGCAGGUGCCAUUUUCAAGCUCGGAAACAAGAGUGCCCCUCCAGUUCCCGAAGAAACACGCAAGAUGAUGAGUGAUACAGGCUCUUCUUUCCUGGACCGGUGUUUUGAGACAGACCCUGAACAACGUCCUACUGCCACUGAACUUCUCAAGCAUGAGUUCUGUGAGAAAGACGAGACGUUUGUUUUUGCAAACACAGAGCUGGCGCGCAAAAUGAAGCACGAGGAUACCAAGGAAGAGAAGAAAGCUGAUAUGAUGAUGCAGAGUAAGGCGGUGUAA